AAUAAGACCAGGCUUUCUCCUUUCCCUUGAAGAGAGAGUGCUGGAGCUGAACAGCCAAGCUGUCAUCCAUGCUCAGCCUGGGUGGCUGAUGCAGCGGAGCGUUCAGUGGCUGCUAGGGACCCAGUAGACUCGGGAGCAAACACACCAGCUCGUUCCUAUGCAGGGGAUGGGGACCUUCCGGCUGGGGAGAAGGACCGUGAUGUACACUGUGGAAACCAUACCCAAAGGGAAGAACCGAGUGCUGGGGACCAUCCAGAUCAUGACUGGCUUCAUACACAUUAGCUUUGGGAUCAUUCUCAGCACCUUGACCAGUGUAUAUGCCUCAUUCUUUGUGUCUGGAGAGAUCCCCUUCUUGGGAGGAGCAUCCGAGUGGACUGUUACACAGAGGCAGAUCAUGAAAUGCGAUCUGUUCAUUGUUUCUGGAUGCCUCUCCAUUGGUGCUGAGAAGAGCCCUACAGAGUGUGCCGUGAAAGGCUCGCAAGCCAUGAAUAUCAUCAGUGCCAUCUUUGCGUUACUUGGAAUAUUGGCUUUUAUAGUCGAUCUGAGCAUAAAUGUGCCAUUUCAUUCGGAUGAUAAUCAUCAGUUUUCCCUGGUGAUGACAGGCAACAGGAUCGCCAUUGUAUUGUUGACAUUCACCAUCGUGGAAUUUUGCAUCGCAUCUGCCACUGCAUACUUUUGGUGCCGGGCAACCCGCUCGGACUCCAACGAGGCCAUAUUGAUUGAACCAAACACCAUCCGAACAGAUACUGAGGUCCCUUCAGUAGAUUCAUCGGUAACCUACCCUCCAAAUUCCAACGAUGUAAGUUACGAUCUAAAAGUAGAGACUGUGUAGAAGACUCAAACGGAGGAAUCUGUAUGGAGAAAUCACACCAGCCACACCUUUAUUGAGGCAUAAAAGCUGGCCCUUUCCUGCAUGACGGAGUUCCUUCAACUACUGCCAGUACUCUAGCUGACAGGCCAACGAGGUCAAAGGGACUUAUCUCUCCUCUUUCUCCAAUACAGUCUCAGUUUUAGGCUGGGCUAAGAAGCAUGUGGCUUGAUAUGCUCUGCCUUGGACUAGGAGGUUACACUUGGACUCCA